AUGAUUGCUAUCAGUGCACGAAUAUCGGUCGAGUUGGAUAUUUUCCGGCACAUCGUCAAUGAUGGGCCUGUAACCUCUGCUAGGUUGGCCAAGUUAUGCGGUGCCGAGGAACUCUUGAUAAUCCUCCUUUUGCGCCUUUUGUCCGCUUUGCAUUUUAUGGAGGAAGUUGCUCCAUACACAUGGGAUGCGACUCGCAUCACGAGGAUCAUUGCAACAGAAGAGAUUGCAGCUGGUCACCGAAUGAUCUCCCAAUUGAUUGUCCCUGCUAUGCAAAGCGCUCCCUCAUACUUGCAGGAAAGAGGCCGUUCAUGCCCCGCUGAUCCCGGAGACGGACUUAUGCAAUAUGCAUUUCAGAGCAAGCUUGGCACCUUUGAGCGAAUUUCAUUAGAUUCCUCAUUGCUCAAAGACUUCAACAUGUUCAUGGGUAAUACUAUGGGCGCGCGAACGUAUUGGGUUGAUUGGUACCCGGUGAAAACACGCAUUCUUGAUCGUGUAGAGCCGGAGAAACCUCUGAUUGUGGAUGUUGGCGGAGGUAAGGGCCAUGAUUUGUUGGCGUAUAAUGGUAAAUUUCCUGGUACAGGUAGAUUGGUGCUACAGGACUUGCAAGUAGUAAUGGAGUCGCUUGGGGAUUUGGACCAAGUGAUUACGAAGGUUACAUACGACUUUUUUAAGGAACAGCCUAUUAAAGGUGCAAGGGUAUACUUUUACCACCAUUUCCUGCACGAUUGGUCAGACGAUUACUGUGUCCGAAUUCUAGCGAGGGCCGUAUCUGCAAUGGCAAUAGGAUAUUCGAAAUUGCUUUUACAUGAGAUGAUUGUUCCUGAGCGUAGGGCAUCUCAGUUCCAGGCACAAUUUGACCUGACAAUGAUGGCUUUCAAUGGGGGAUUAGAACGUACAGAAAAGCAAUGGGGUGCGCUGUUGAAACGCGCUGGACUCGAUGAAAUAAAAAUAUGGCACCCUAUUGACGAAGGGGGUGAUGGAAUCAUUGAGGCAAUGAAACACUGA